AUGAGCGACAUAAAGGAGGAUUUGAAUCUCUCACAGAUGGACGGGACAUCAAAUUGUUAUGUCAUCACCAGUAGAUCGGCCGGAGAUAAUUCUUUGGGCUUCAAUAAGGGGUUGCAGAUCUUCAAAAAUUCGAGCAAUAAUAAAAUAUUAGGCAAAGAUAAUUUCCAGAAGGAAAUUCCAGUUAUGGAAUAUUAUAGAGGAGAGGAAGAAGAAGCGGAAGGGGAACGAGAAGAUGAAGGAAGAGAACCAUUACCAAUGGGGUCGGAAACAAUUUUAAAAAAUUUUCUUCCCGACGAAAGUGAUGCUGAAGACGAUGAGGAUGAUAUCAUUGAUUUCAAUUUAGAAGGUUAUGAUUUGAAUAAACGACAUCGAAGGAGCGAUGAAUUACAUUCGGAACUUAUAAAAUACCAAGAAGAACUGAGGCAAUAUAAAGAUACCACCCAAGAGCUGGAAAAUAAAUACAAGAAAAUCAACACCGAACUGUGUGAAAUGCAGGAGAAACAUCAACGAUUUAUGAAAGAGCACGAAAGGCAUGGGGUGAGUCCAAGUCUCCGGGAUGAUGAGACAUAUUCGGAUAACACCAGCACCGGCACCACCACAACCGAUUCGGAUAUUUCACUGCAACGGAAAUCAACACAAAUAUUUCAUCGAGGUAGUAGUUUUAUGCAGGUUGUUCCCCAGGAAAGAUAUUUGGUAGGUGAUGUGGACUCGUAUAAUUGGGACCGAGAUAAAGAAAACCGGCCACCUUUAAAAAGUCCCUAUCAAAACAGAAGAGAUGAUAGGAUUUCUAAAGCAAAAUCGUAUUUGACUCCAGCCGCACCCCCUAAAAUGUCUUCAGCUUCUAUAGCUCCUCCCGUGGCGCUACUCCAAAACACCAUUAACAGCCUACAAAGCGAACAACAACAAUUCCGCUCCAUCAUUGAACAACAACAAAAUUGCCUUCAAGACUAUCACAGCCGUUGUGUUCGCGCCCAACGCGUCAUGAAAACCCAACAACGGGAAAUUGAAAAACUCAAUACAAAUAAUCAUCAUUUGGAAUCGGAAAUAACGCAUGGCUUCGAACAGCUGCGGCACAAAAUCGAAGCCAAACUUCGAGACCUCUCACAAUUACCGCAACUAAUGAAGGAAGAAAAGUCGAAAAACGAUCGCAUCUCUCGUGAAAAUCGGAUACUUAACGACCGAAUACGUUCAAUACAGAUCGAAGCGACUCAGAUGAAAAAGAAAAUCGACGAAAUCUCGAAGCGGAAACUAGCCACAAUGGCUCGGCUCAAAACCGCGGAAAGAGAUUUGAAAAUAUUUCGUAAUUACAACACAGCGCUGAAACACGAGAAGCGGAAGCUGAACGAAGAACUCUCGAAGCUGCGCGAUCAAAUGCAUACCUUGGAAAAUUCCAAUAAGCGUUCGAUCACACGUCAGCGGGAGCAGAGUGAAAAGCUGAAACGGGAUCUACAGAAACGAAUUUUCGAAUUGGAAUUGAAACUGAGUCGCAGUCAAACUUCGGCCAAUAGUUUGGUGCAGGAACGAGAUGCUCUCAUUGCGGAGUUACAAACUCAACUCAACAAUUUGGUGCACAAUUUUGAAAUUUCCCAAAAGCACAUUCGGAUACUGAGAAGGCAUAUUUACAAUAUGUCCGCGGGUGGUGGUAGUAAUUCUCGGGAUGCAAUCGCGCGGAAUCGUAUUCUCGUUGAAACGUCUUGA